AUGGAAGCUCGUCCUGAAGCUCGUCCUGAAGCUCGUCCUGAAGCUCGCGUUUACGUGGAAAGAACUUUAGCCUUGAUUAAACCUGACGCUGUUCAUAAAGCGGAGGAGAUCGAGGACGUAAUGCUUCGUUCCGGGUUCUCCAUUGUUCAGAAGCGGCGCGUGCUGCUGAGCCCGGAGCAGUGCAGUGACUUUUAUAAUAAUCAGUUUGGAAAGACAACUUUCUCCAGUCUGACCAGCUUCAUGAGCUCUGGACCCACACUGGCCUACACCCUGGCCCGAGAGAAGGCCAUUGACCACUGGAGGUUCAUCAUGGGACCGUCCAGCAUCAGCAAGGCCCGAGAGACACAGCCUCAGAGUCUCAGAGCUAAAUAUGGCACAUCUGACGUCCAAAACGCAGUGCACGGCAGCGAGUCUUUCACUGAUGCUCAGAGGGAGAUCCGCUUCAUCUUCCCAAACACUGUAAUGGAGCCGUUUCCAUCCAGAGCAAACACAGAGGAGUAUCUGAGCACACGCCUCAGCCCCGCCCUGAUAAAGGGCCUGACUGAACUGUGCAGGCACAAACCGGCCGACCCCUGUACGUGGCUCGCAGACUGGCUCAUUAAAAACAACCCAAAUCAACUUCAGAUCAGUGAUGGAGCCGCAGCAGGAGAAAAGACACAGUGA